CCGCGGUGCAAACAAAAUGUCAGUCCUCUCUCCACAAUUGAGGCUUCAGUUCAACCUCAGCAGAAUUCAUGCCCAUUAAAGGAAUCACUUGCUCAUUUUUGUGCUGACCAAUCAUAUUGAUGGCACACUAUCUGAGUUUGACUUCUAGUAACCUUCUCGGAUGUGGACUGAUUUCAAGCACUGGUGGUCUCCAUGGGAGUUGCAAAAAGUUUGUGUCAAGAUCCUCCCCUGGUUUAUUUAGAAUUCGAGCUGUUCAAGAGAAUGAAGGGCCAAGGAGGCUUGUUGAUAUCAUCAGAAUUCUGCCAGAUAUAUCUCGAAAUUAUUUCAGAACUCCUUCUCGAAGAGCUCUCUUCGGGGGUAUAUCUUUGCUUGGUGGGUUUUAUGUGGCACAGACGAUAUCUUUAUCUUUUGGAGCUUUAGGGGUUAAUGAUGUAAUCGCUGCAGUAGUAUGUGUCCUUAUUACCGAAUAUGUGACUAAAUUCUAUUACAGUCGACCUAAGGUGACAUUCCCCAUUGCCCUCUUGAACAAUUUCAAGAUGGGAUUCACAUACGGCCUGUUCAUUGAUGCUUUUAAGCUAGCCAGUUAGAUCCAUCUAGAUUAGAGUCAAAGUUAACGCUGUAAUAUGAAAACUAUUUUUUGUACAAAGCAUGCAAUAUGAUUGUAGCUGCAUUGCAGUAUUUGUCCCUGGUAUGCACAAUUUUUAUCCUUUUUUAAGUAUUCUUCUGCAAGUGAUACUACGAUUCCUCUGAGAAUUUAAUGCACAACAUGUCAACCUCAAUGUAGUUGCUCUCCUUUUCUUCACCUGUUGUUGUGCUAUUGGAAUUUCAUGAAAAAUAGAUUUCUGCAGAUAGGUUCGUAGUUUUGUAAGGUUCUUGUUAUUGGAGUGAGAUGUUUAAUUAUGGGGACUGAGAGUGAAAGGAACUGUCCCUGCAUCUGCUUGCCCGCCUUCUGUUUGGUGUGCUGCAACGUAGCUCUCUUCCCUGUCCUGAACAAAAAUGUGGAAGUUGCUAUUGGAUUUCUUUUCAUUUGCGAUAUGCACAUCUAUAUUUCUUGCUUUUCUUUUCAGUCCCUUCUUCCUUGAUCACAGUUGACUUGACGGCUGUUAGGCAAGCUCAUUUUAUCUUUGGUACUGUUACAAUAGAUAAGAAGAGUGAGAGCAAAUUGCUACUGCGUAGAGAUGGUUAUUAAGGGUUAUUACAGAGAAGCUCUUUUUGAGGCAUGUUUGGGCAUUCCUUCUUCACAAGUUGAAGGUCAUUAACUUGUAUUAGAUUAGAGAUGCUUAAUCUUUGGUAUUGAGACCUGCAGAAUACUUGAUGAGACUAAAAUAUUUCUGUGAUCUACUUAGUGAUCUCUUACCGCUCUAUACCAAC